UCCACACAGUUAUACAUAUAAUUUUGUCUGUGUAAUCUUAGAACCUGGGAAUUCCUUUCUGAAAACAUGGUGGUCACUGACCGCCCCCCUCUUUUAACUAAUUAAGACAAGCGGGAACAAUGCUGCCAUACUUAUGCUGUAGCCUGUACUAUGUGAAAAGGCAAAUGAAGUACACAGAAGACAUUCUGAAAAAGCAUAUGUGCACCUCACAAAUCGACAUACACGCUCCAUACAUAAACCUCUUCAUAUAUAAAUGGGAAGCUUUAGUGUGAUACAUAAUUCUGGAGCUGACAGAAACUCGAUGGAUGAAGCAUUGUCCAACAGACCUAGGACACAUUUCCUCGAACUCUGUGCCUGCUGUGAAAAAAAAAAACCGGAGAGAAGCGGGAGCGUACCAAGUCAUCCUCAUCACCAUCAUAAACGAAAAAGAUAUCAAAGCUGAAUCGAACAGCUCCACACCUGCUGCAGCCGAGAAGCCCCUCUGGACUCGCAGCGAUAACGUCUUCAGGUUUAACUUCUUCCCUGACAGUUCUCCAGCAACUUCAGAGAAAACACCUGCAUCGGACUGGACUGAGCCAACGAGCCAGAUUUCCUUCACUGAACAGGGCUCUGCUUUUGCCUUCAACUUUCAAAUUCCUCCUGCAGAGGACAUGGACACAACAGACACCCCAAAUACUUCUCAAGGUGACCGACAGUGCGUCCCAGAGGAGAAGCCUCCCCUUUCGCAGGAGGUUGAGUCUCCACCUGAACAAUCUGAGCAAUCAAAAACAAAGAAGAAGAAAAAGAAAUCAGGGAAGAAAAACCCCUCGAGUAUUGAGCCACUGCAGAAGCCAGCUGAGGGGAGUGAAGGUGCUGCAGAGGAGCUGAGUCAAGAAGAGCAGCUGAAAAGGGAGCUGGACUGGUGCAUCGAGCAGCUGGAGCUGGGCCUGAAGUCCCAGAAGGGCACACCGAAGCAGAAGGACGAGGCCUCGCGUGCACUGAAGACUCUGCGCAGCUCCAAAGCUCCUCUGCCCAAGAAGAGGCAGGUGAUGAGAGCUGUAACUGGAGACUACAGAAAGAAGAUGGAAGAGGAGAAGAGCAAGCAAUUCAAACUCAUUCAGAGCGAAAUUGCAUCAGCCCAGGUCAAACUUGUGUCAGAGUCCCCAAAGAAGUCUGUUUUCCACCGGAGAGCUGAAGUCAAAACUCAGACAUCGCUUGCUGAGGAGAAGCUGCAGCACACUGAAGCCCAGGGUGCAGAGCUGACGCCGCAGACUCAGGAGGCAACACCGGCUUUUGUUUUUAUCCCAUCGAAGGAGGAGUUUCACUUCAAUUUUCUCUGAUUUGUCUGUCCUGAUGCCAAGUCCUUCACAAUGCAUCAUGCUGGAGCUAAAGUGCUACGUAGGCUGGCAGAACGGCACCACCAGAGAUCUGUGGACAACCUUCUGGUGAACGCUGAAGAUAUGAGAAGAGAAGAUGUCACAAUCUCUGUGCUUACAGACAAAACCUUUAACUAAUACAUUUUUACAAAGCGUGAUCCAUUCACUGAAUUAAUGUGAUUGCUCAAAUCUCAAGAGAAGCUUAUUCAAGUCCAUUCAGGCUGACAGCAUGGCGACUCGAGACAUGUUACCAUAAAUACUGGAGUCCUGUGGAUUACACCUGAGGUGCCAAAAUAUCUUGUAUAUUUAGAAAAACAGACAAAUAAGUUUUUGUUGGACUUCUAAGAUAAUAAUCAUGUUAAUUCAGAAAAAAUGGUUCAAAGCAUUCAAGUUUUUUUUAUCAUAUUGCUAAAUAAAUACAUUUUAAAAAAUAAAACUUUGGUAUUUUU